AUGGGACGUCUAUCACAAAAGAAAUAAGCCCACUCGAAGUUUGUUGUUUCACAGGCACUGGCCUGGCCAUCGCUGGGGAGUGGGGGAUGAGUUCGCUCGUACGUGAUCGUUUGAAGGGCGAGCUGACAGUGAUAAAAUGUGUACAGCACGGAGCGAGUUACAUUGUAGUUCCCUCAGUGUUUUUUUUGCCCUAUGCUCAGGUGUGAAUGUUCGUUGUGAAGUCACUACGCAGUCUCGGUCGUCCAUCAGAAGCAGAACGUUUGAACGACAGUAUGGUCGCCACUUGAAGCCGCUCGUAUGGAAAGGAGACCGACUGAUUUACAGCAAGUAGGUUGCUUCACCGUUCACGAAGUUUUGUUGGUGACAUUCAUGAUGCGUGAUCGUGCUUGCGGCUAGAGUCGCCAAAGGCAGAGCUGAGAGAAAGAGAGCGGCUUGACACAGAUGGAACGGCGAGUAUUUUCCAGUAGAUUUUUUCGCUGCUACAGCUGGUCAGUCUCAGAACUCGGACACCUCAGUGACCGGACUUCAAUGCCCAGUUACUAAUAGCUCGUAUACCCUAGAAAUACGGUUGCCCAGCUGAGGAUCCCAGGAGAGUGUUCGCUAUGACAUCGAGUUGCAAUUGGGCGCCAUGCAGGCUUGACGCUGCUGUACGAGUACUCUUAGUGUGCCUAAUCUAUCUGGGGCUACUAGUAAUGCUUGCUACAGUCAGUGACGUGCAUGCACAUGAAGACACAGCCAGCCGUGAUAAUCCAGACACCCAAUUCUGUGAUGCUGACUCCUCGGUGCCAUGUGUAGCUGACAGUCGCAGCACGAUCGGACAGCAGCAGCAGCGGAAGGAGAAGCUUCCGAGCAUCGUCAUGGUGGUCGUGGAUGACCUCGGCUGGAACGACAUGGGAUACGGUGGUGCCGAGUACAAUACCACGACGGUGGACGGCCUGGCAGCCGACGGGAUUCUUCUAUCGCAGUACUAUGUGCAGUCCACAUGCUCGCCGUCCCGCUCUGCUCUGCUGUCCGGCCGCUAUCCGUUCCGAGACGGCCUGGCUCAUCGGGUCGUGACGAACGGCUACCCGUUCGGCCUGCCGCUGAGUGUCACAACACUCGCCAACGCACUUCGGCUGGCUGGCUAUGCGAAUCAUGCCAUCGGCAAAUGGGAUGUAGGCAUGCAUGAACGCGCGUACACACCAACCCGACGUGGAUUUGACUCGUUUCUCGGCCACUACGGAGCUGUAGUGGAUCAUUACACGUUCAUGAUCAAUGCAGAUGCAGAAGACAACCCCGUCGCAGGGAACAUUACAGGCCGUGAUCUGCACGUUAACGAGGCUGCAGCCACUGAUAUAGGCGAUGUGUACUCAACAGAGCUGUACGGACAACGGGCUGUAGAGCUGAUUGACUCCCAUGACUUUGAUGCCAAGCCGCUCUUCAUGUAUUUAGCCUACACGGCCGUGCACAGUCCACUGCAGGUGCCUGCUGAGGAUACACGUGUGGCUCAUUGCGAGCACGUUGCCCCGAUGAAGCGGAAACUGUUGUGUGGCAUGUUGCAGGCAUUGGACGAUAGCAUUGCCGAUGUGGUGUCGGCUCUGAAGAGAGCAAGCGCCUGGGAAAACACUGUCUUCAUUUUCACCACCGACAACGGAGGACAGGCAACGGAAGGCUCUAGCAAUUAUCCGCUGCGCGGCAACAAGCGCACGAUGUUUGAGGGUGGCGUCCGCGGCACUGCGUUUGUUCACUACCCGCAGUUCCAAUCCCGACUGAAGGGAUCAACUAGCAAUGCUCUUAUGCACCUAGUUGACUGGCUUCCCACACUCACAGAAGGUGUGGCAGACUAUGCACUGGCAUCCAUACCCAACCUACAGUCACUCGAUGGGAUGAACAUUUGGCCAGCCUUGACUACUGGAUCGACAUCGCCGCGUUCGGAGAUACUUCUCAAUCUGGACCCACCUGCCGAUGCUUCAACUUCCGAGCCAGAUGGUUACAUAGGGCAGGCCGCGCUGCGCUUCGAGGAAUGGAAGUUAAUUGUUGGCCUACCCAAUUGCAGCGUAAAUCCAUUACCGGCUAAUGCUCUUGGUGGUGGUUGUCCGAGCGGGUGGCUGCGUCCGGGAUCUCCGGAUGUGGAGACUGAGCCCAGAGCAGCGGAUCAACUCCUUUGGCUGUUUGAUUUAGAUGCCGACCCGGAAGAAAACAAUGAUUUGUCCGAGGCAUUGCCAGGUAUUGUGGCAAUGAUGCGCGAGAAACUGAGCAAAUACCCAAAGGUUGUGCAAACUCAUGUGCCAUUCGAUCCUAAAUCCGAUCCUCAACGAUUCAACGGCUACUGGACACCGUGGCUGGACUAGGUAAUCAGUUUUCGCUAAAUAACGCCCAUUCAACAUGUCUGCGGUUCAGGCUUGCACUUUUCAGCCGUAUUCCUAGCCAACAACUUCAGUACUUCUAUAUGAACUGCACCUUGAAUUGGUCACCAUGAAUUUGCUAUUAAAUUUUGUGUUUGGUAAAAGUUUUCUUCUUCUUCUUC